AUGAAGGCGACUGUGUUGCGACAGCUGGGCGGCAGCCGCUUAAUCGGGCAUCCGACGAUGCUGCAGCUGCGGGCGGUGAAGCGGGUGACAACGGCAAAGGCGAAAGGCACUGCGAGGGGCGGCAGGGCGAAAGAAGCGGCUGCACCGACAGCAUGCAGCGGUCAUGGCUCACACAAGCUGUCCUUGGCGGACUUUUACCCUGCCAUCGCCCGCACAUGGAUCGCGGCGGCGUCGAAUAAGAUGCUGCAGCCGCAGCACGUUGCCCCUGAUAGCCGCAAACUGGCGUGGUGGAUUUGCCCGUCUUGCCACCAUCAGCACAACAAGCGCAUAGAUCUUCACCUCGCCGCCGGGGGUGCGUGCCCCAAGUGUGAAGCAAAGCCCACCAUGGCUGGCGGCGCGUCCGCAAAGAAGAGUACGUCGAGUUCCCGUGGCGCCAGCAAUCCCGCCUCGCCAUUGAAAAAGAAACAGGCAUCCGCCGCGUCGGCGCAUGAGCCUGUCCCUGCCGCAGCAGUACUUCGCCAUCGCUGCCGCCCCAACUCGACGCUCGACACCAUCGCCGCCGGGAACGCGAACCUCCUCAGCAAAAGCGUAGCCGACAAUCAGUACCUUCGCGUGCAGGAGACGCGCAACCUGCUUCCGAUGCUGGCAAAGAGCUACGAUAAGGAACGCUGGAAAAUCGCGCCUGGCGAGGUGCUGCAGGUGUCGCCGAAACUGGACGGCAUCCGCUGCGUCGCCGCGUACCGAAUAGACACGAAGCAGGUGCUCUUCUUCAGCCGCUCCGGCACGCUCUUCGAGUGCUGUGACGACGCCAUCGAGCCAGCGCUGCGGUGCCUCUUCGAGAAGGACCCGUCACUUGUUCUUGACGGCGAGCUGUACAACGACUCGAUCAACCUGGCGCAGCUCAGCACUAUCUGUAAAACAGUCAGAAAAGCAACCCCGCCGUCCCCCACGGCGGCAUUGUCUGGGGCAGACCCGGUGUCGGCCUUUUACAACGCCCUCCUCGUUGCCGCAUAUGGAAAGAAGAAGCACAAGGGUAGCUCCGCCCCUGCCGCUGCUGGGCUGCAGGCAGAUGCGCCGGCAGUGAUCCGCUUCGACCAGCUCACGUCGGCGAUUCGCACGACACGUCAGUGGCGCACCCCUGAAGUUGCGGCUCUGCAACGCCAGUUGCAGUACCACGUCUUUGAUGUCCUUUACAGCCGUGAGUUCCCCUACGGUCGAGGGUCGGCGGUUCCGUUCAGCGUCCGCUACGGCGUUCUUGAGCGACUGCUGGCAUCCGCGACAGCUUACAACCUCGCGCAUAUUUCCAAGUACAAUCCGCUGGUGCUGCGGCGCGUGCCGAGCUAUUCGUGCACCAUCGAUGCUGUUGACGCCGUCCUGCAAGCCGCCAUACAGGUGGGCUACGAGGGCAUCAUGAUCCGCCGUGAGUGCCGCGGCGCCACGACCGCUGCCGGCAAGGACGGCAGCGACACGGUGGAGUCGGCAACCAAGAAGAUUAAGCGGGGCGCUGCAUCCAGUGGGAGUAAAGCCAGCGCGAUGGCUUCGACGGCGAACAUUGACGCCGGGUACGGCUAUGGGCAGCGCAGCAGCACGUUGCUGAAGUACAAGGUAAUGCAGGACGCAGAGUACAUCAUUGUAGGCGCUGUGGAAGGCUCCGGCAAGUGGAAGGGCUUUCUCGGCUCUUUCAUCUGCGUGACGCCAGACAAGAAGCACCGCUUCACCGUCACCCCAGCGAGCACUGAUGCCGACAAGCGGCGGAUGUGGCAGUCGUGGAAGACGGUGUACAAGGGGAAGGCGCUGACGGUGCAGUACCAGGAGAUCACCGCAGAGGGCGUACCGCGCUUCCCUGUGGGCAAGUGCGUUCGCGGAGCCGCUGAUGGGCACGAUUGGCUGUAG